AUGCCGUUGACCUUCGACACCAGCAAGCGUAUUGCCACUUCUUCCGUCGUCCAACGGUCUCUUGCUGACGAGGACAUCUUUCAGUUGCGACUGUCCUCAUACAUUGAUCCCGCUACUGGCGCCCGGCGGAACAAGAGCUUCACUUUACGCUCGUCCCAAAGCCACAAUGUCCUACCUCCAAACUCCUACCCUGAUGAUACCACUCCAUUACUCGCCUCCAGCGGGGACCGGCCUCAGAAUCCCUCAUCUUCGAGGCCUAAUACCAUUGCUGGAUCGCUGAAAGAACAUACCACCAAUACAAAGAACUUCUUAUUCUCAGAUACCGGCAAGGGCAUCUUCAAAUGCGCACUUGCAUACCUGCUUGGUAGCCUUGCCACAUUUGUACCCGUCAUCAGCAGCUUACUGGGCCGGCAAGAUUCCAAGCACAUGGUAGCCACAAUAACCGUCUACUUCCAUCCUGCAAGGUCUCUGGGGAGCAUGCUGGACGCAUUGCUCCUUGCCACAACAGCUUUCAUCUAUACUGCUCUCAUUUCGCUCUUGAGCAUGACAGUUGCUGUCUUUUUUGCCGACGCGGUGCAUCUGGCCGUGCUUGGACAUAUCGUGGUGCUUGUCGUCUUUAUUGGCGGCGGACUUGGCUUCAUAGGAUGGGUCAAACUCAAGCUCAACGAUCCCCUGGUUAACAUCGCAUGUUCGUUGGCUUCUUUGGGUCUGAUUACCGUCUUGACAAAAGAAGGCGCUGUCCAAGCUGGGGACUACUCGUUUGAAAAAAUAUCCCAGAUCCUCCGUAUGCUCAUUGCCGGCGUCCUUUCCACCAUGCUCGUCUCAUUUAUUGUUUUCCCGAUUUCCGCCAGAGCAAAGCUUCGCCAGAGCCUGAUAGAUGUUACUGAUUGCCUGUCAGACAUGCUCGCCUUGACUACGAGCAGUUUUCUAUCGGGGGACCAGGCGGAAUUGGAAGACAAAAUAUUUAUUGAUAUCAGUGAGCGUCACAAGAAGCUCUCUGCCUCUAUGCCGAAGGGCUUGAAGGAGUCAAAAUACGAGCACUACCUGCUGGGCACCGAGCGUCAGGCUGCGGCCGAAGAUAAACUCGCUCAUUGCAUUCAACGAAUAUCUCAAAGCAUAGGUGGGCUGCGAAGUGCGGCAAGAAUGCAAUUUAUCAUUAUCAAUCAACAGCCUCCUACGAGUUCUUGGACACAUACUCCCCCCCUUGGAAGUUUGGUACAGUCUCCUUUUGACUCUUAUUUGGAUCGAAAACCGAGUACCACCCACGCAAACAUUACGGACUUCUUCAGCCCACUGUCCCCGGACUUGGUCAAGGGCGGCGACAAAUCCCAGCAGACUCCGCUCAAGUUUCGCACUCCUGUGCAGAUCUUUGAUAUCUUCAUCGAGAACCUUGGACCAGCUAUGAGAUCACUAGCUUUCACCUUGAAGGAAAUUCUUGAUGACUUUCCUUUCGACAAGCCUAGAGACUAUGCGGCCUUGACUAAUCCCAAGUUCAAGGUCAGUCUUGACCGUGCGUUGAAACUUUACAAAACCACACGCAAGGCUUCGCUGGACAUGGUGUACGAGCAGAAGAUUAUGGACAUCUCCCGACCGAUUCCUGUGCAAGCCGACUGGGAGGAGGCGGCUGCCUGCUGCGGGUAUUUUUCAUUUUCGCUUGUCGAGGUUGCCGAAUCCAUCAAAGAUUACCUGCUCAUCUUGGAUGAAUUUCAGCUCGAGGUGGAUGAAAAGCCCAACGGCCGAUCAUGGAGGUGGCUCAAAUUCUGGUCGUCAACAGAUGCGUCGCACGACCUCGAUGGGGUGGAUCCCGACUUUGCGAAAGUCCUUGACCGAGCAAAUGCACUGGAUUUGCAGGUUGGGCAACCGCCGACCACAUUGCCAGAGCUCCAUUCAAAGCCGAUGUGGCCAGGCCGGUCUCAGUUCAAGCAAUGGUUGUUUCAACGACUGUAUACGGUCAUGUCAUUUGGCCGACGUGAAGAUGUCAAGUUCGCAAUCAAAGUUGGAUUAGGAGCGAUGCUCUACGCUGCGGCAAGUUUCAUUCCCGCAAGCCGACCAACGUACUCACAUUGGCGAGGUGAGUGGGGAUUGGUGUCGUAUAUGCUGGUAUGCAGUAUGACCAUUGGAGCCUCCAACACUACUGGGUAUUCCAGGGUGCUGGGUACCUGCUUAGGAGCAGGUCUUGCCAUUGCAGCAUGGGAAACUUGUCAAGGAAACCCGUUUGCUAUGGCAUUUUUCGGCUUCUGCAUGGCAUACUGGACUGCGUACAUAAUCGUUGGGCAGGGCAAAGGUCCUAUGGGCCGGUUCAUCAUGCUUACAUACAACCUGAGUGCGCUCUAUGCCUACAGUCUCACGGCCCUGGACGAUGACGACGACGGAGAUGAAGAAGACGAAGGGAACAAUCCAUUCAUCUUCGCCAUUGCCACACAUCGAGUUGUGGCAGUUCUCUCUGGCUGCCUCUGGGGCUUGAUCAUCACCCGGGUGGUUUGGCCUCAGUCGGCCCGACAGAAAUUAAAGGAUGGGCUGUCCUUGCUGUGGUUACGAAUGGGGCUGAUCUGGAAGCGUGAUCCACUAGCAACCUUGACAGAAGGAAUGCAUCCAGACGGGUACAUGAAUCUGCGUGAAGAGUACUAUCUGCAACGAUAUCUGGCCAGCCUUCAGGCGUUGACAGAAGCGUCCAAGAGCGAGUUUGAACUGCGGAGGCCAUUCCCCCACGCGACAUAUGCAAGAAUUCUGGACGAGACUAAGGAUAUGCUGGACGCAUUCCACGCAAUGAAUGAAGUGAUCCUGAAGGAUCUAACAGCAUCGCCUGGAGAAGACGCAUUGCUCAAAGCAACUGCCAAGGAAAGGGCGCAGUUGUGCGGACGAAUCAGUCAUUUGUUCAGCGUGUUGGCAAGCUCGAUGAAGCUCGAGUACGCGAUUCCCAGUGACGCGUUGCCCAAUAUCGAUCAUACGAGGGACCGUCUCCUUGCCAAGAUUUUCGCCUACAGACGACAUGACGCUGAGGAGCAACGGACGAGUGACGAAGACUAUAGUCUUUUGUAUACAUAUGCCCUCGUCACGGGACAAUUGAGCGUUGGGAUUGACAAGGUGGUGAGUGAUGUCGAAGAGUUGUUUGGAGUGCUUGACGAAGAGGCCCUGAGGUUGCAAUGAGAUGAAGGGGAUAUGCCUACAGUACUGAGAUGGUGUGAUGUGAAACAUACCCGGCUAAACAAAGUACCAAGGCUCUCUGUAUACCCGUGGCUCUAGGGCUACCUAAUCGGGGUUGUCCACGCGUCGUAUCCUUAUUACUGUGAACAAGCUUCGUGGAUGAGGUGGCCCUAAUGCGGAUUGAUCUUGUCCACGUACUAUAUUUGGUGGGAUACAAUUCUGCCUUGUUCCCCGCAAGGAGUGAUGGAGGUUAAAGCAAGAUUCAUAAUGCAAGGCUUGAAGCCCACCGUCGC